GGAAGUUCCGGUGAUUCAGCUGGUCUCCGCCCUUCAUACACAAUGCGAUGGGCGUUUCUGAACGCAAGACAGCAGAGGGCACUUCACAAUGGGAGAGAGCUUCUCCGAGCAGCUGCGAAUAGACAGCCGGUUCCUGAAAUCGGACCGUCGUCUGGACACAGAACUGGUGGACAAACUGAUCCUGCAGCUCAACCGAAUCUACCCACAGAUCCUGACCGACAAAGAGGCCUCCAAAUUCCGGGAUCUGGAUGUUCCCACCUGUAUCCGGCUGGCGGAGCUGCUGUCUCGUCUGCAGGAGAAAGGAGAAGAGGCCUGUCGAGAGUUUUACAGGGCACUGCACCUCCACGUGGAGGACGUUUACUUCAGCUUACCCACACGCCUUCGGCUCAGAGAAUCUGGUGAUCCAGUCAGUCCAGUCUCCAGUCCCACCACCAGAUAUGUGCUGAAUGACCACAGCCCGUUUUUCUUCAUUAGUUGUUUCAGUGUGGCUGUAGGAGCAGCUCUGCUUCAUUACUAUGGUGAGUCGAAGCAGGUGUCCGGCUCCAGCAGCGCUCUGGGUUUGGCUGCCAUGGGUCUGAGCAGGAAAGUGCGGGACGUUCUCAUCUGGUACUCUGAGGAUGGAAAAUAAUUAUCUUUUGCUGCCUUAAAAAUGAUUUAGACACAGCAAUACAGUGAGAGCUUUUCGUGUCAUAACAUAGCAAACCUAUUUCAGGUUUUACAAAUACAUGUACAUACUGUGUAUAUACAGAAAUGAUUAGAAUGAGGUAAAAACCCAAAGAUUUAUUUUUAGAUAUGCCCAAAUAUGGACGUUCUUGUUACAGUUCUGAAUAUUAGCUACAGAACAUCUGUAAUCAAACAUUACAGUCGUGCAUUUGAUUAACAGCCAUUAUGCAGAGCAGGAGCUUAUUACUUUUAACCAAACACUUCGGUUUGCCUUAUUUUGUUGUAUGUGUUUAACUAUAUGUUAAAAUAAUUUAUAUAUUUUAUAUGGUUAAUAAACUAAAUAUGGACACAAAGAGCUAUAAUUCACUACACCAAGCACAACCAGAUAAAAUCAAAUGUGUCAGUAUACACUACCUGACAAAAAUCUUGUCGUCUAUCCAAGUUUUAGAAACAACAAAUAUUAAUUUGACUUCUAGUUGAUCGUCUGGUCCCAGAAAUGGAUUAUAUGAAAGGCAAAGGCCUCUAGAUUACACUUUUAUUUUUAAUUUAAAAAAUACAAUAUGAUCAUGCUUUGAUUUUUAAUUAUUUAAUUAGGACAGUAAGGUCUGACUUUGCUUACACAAAAGUCUUGUCACUUAACAGAAAUAAUGUACAGUAUAGAAUAUAAAGUCAUGGUGCAGUGGAAACAGAAUGAAUAUUGUGUCUGACUCCCAUGAGCUUAUAGGACUGCAUCCACACAUCACUGCAAUGACUCGAAACUUAUUAAUAAAGUCAUCUGGAAUGGCAAAGAAAGUGUUCUUGCAGGACUCCCAGAGUUCAUCAAGAUCCUUUGGAUUCAUCUUCAAUGCCUCCUCCUCCAUCUUACCCAAGACAUGCUCUAUAAUGUUCAUGUCUGGUGACUGGGCUGGCCAAUCCUGAAGCACUUUGACCUUCUUUGCUUUCAGGAGCUUUGAUGUGGAGGCUGAAUUAUGAGAAGGAGCCCUAUACUAUCUUGAUACCUCAGGUUGUUGAUGUUGCCAUCCACUCUGCAGAUCUCUCACACACCCCCAUACUGAAUGUACACCCAAACCAUGAUUUUUUUUCCUUCACCAAACUUGACUUAUUUCAGUGAGAAUAUUGAGUCUAUGCAGGUUCCAGUAGGUCUUCUGCAGUAUUUGUGAUGAUUGGGAUGCAGUUCAACAGAUGAUUCAUUAGAAAAAAAUCUACCUUCUUCUAUCCAACUAGAAGUCAAGUUAUUAUUUGUUGCUCUUACAGCUGGGAUUGAUGACAAGGCUUUUGUCAGGUAGUGUAUUAAUACAAUAUUUCGACAGAUAAGACACUAUAGACUAUAGCUCAGUCUGAAUUCAUGAGCAUUAGGAGUUUGUUACUUUAUAAUCCAUAUUUUUCUGCAGGCUAAGGUUUCAACAAAUUACUUUAUGAUGUUUGUUUACUUUUGUACUAGCAGCAUGUUUGCAAAGGUUGUUUAAUAGUAAUAACUGAUAUUGUCAACUUUUGAUUCUGCAGAGAGAUAUUAUGUAUAACAGGGUGCCCAGUACGGUUCCUGGAGAUCUACCUUCCUGCAAAGUCUUUAAUCACCAAGUGCUCCUUUAGAUCCUGCUAAGUUGGUUUAGUUGUUGUUGUUUUUUUUAUAAGGGUUGGGGCUGAACUCUGCAGGAAUUUAGAUCUCCAGGAUUAGGAUUGGGCAGCCCUGAUGUAAAAUAUUUUCAGUCUAGAAAUGUUUCAGAUAAAUCUGCCAAUUUUACUAUAUUUAACUGAGAAAUUGUAUUUUUCAUCAGGAUUUAAUAACUCGAUUAAACUAAAUAAAACUAUGGUUUGAAACGUU